AUGACAGCAUCCAAAAAGUCAGGAAAUAGUGGAGCUCCGCCAGGUAGUACUGUAUCGAGUACAAACAGUGCGAUCAAUGCAGAGAUGUUGAAAGCACUCACCUAUUGCGGUGUUUUUCUAGGUUCUGGAAUUUGUAAUACCCUUAUUGUACAAUUAAUAUAUGAUACUGCUAAAUUUGAUUCUAGAGCAAUGUUAACAAAUACAUUUAUAUUUAUGGGAUAUGCUAUGAUGCGAUUCUUGCCGGCACCAACGAAAGGCACUGUGAAACUACGUCCGGGAUCUGCGGUUCCCUCGAAAGUGUAUAUUGUAUUGGCGGUACUCGAUGCCUUUGCAUCGUUGCUUACAACAGUUGGACAAAUCAGUAUUGGCAGUGGGUUGUUUCAAGUGAUAUUCUCAUCAAAGAUCAUAUUCAGUGCGUUGCUCUCAAAGUUUUGGUUGCGCAGGUCACUGACACCCGCAAAGUGGGCAUCUAUCUUUGUCAUUGUAUUUGGUUUGAUUAUAUGUGUUUAUAAACCAUCUAGUGGUAGUAGUAGUGUUGUACCAAAUACAGUAAAUACAUUACCAACUGUUGAUUCAACAACUUCUACUGUGGAUGCCCUCGAUGCGGCAACUAAACAACAACAGCUAACAACUACAAACAACUCUUCGUUUUUCGCUGAGUAUGGUACAGUGACAAUGGGUGUUCUCUACGCGUUGCAAUCGAUCGUUGUUUUCUUCUCGAGUGCAAUGUUCCUCUGUGAUCCGACGCAUCCAACACGAUCCGGUCAGUGUUUGACCACCUCCAAACUCUUGGGUUCAAUGAUAGUUAUCACCGGUGGACUUCUCUACACAUUCUCCUCAGCAGCUGCAUCAAACACACCGACACCCGCCAGCAACACCAACAAUACAAACUCAACACAAAACACUAACUUUAUUCCACCAUCACCUUCAAAAACAUUAUUAAUUAAAACACCAACCAACUAA